UUAAAGACGUGCUGCGGAAAUGAAGGCUCACUGUUUACAAAUGUGUCCAAAUGCAUUCUGGGAGAUACAUGAUCGUCCGCCAUUUUGCUCCCACUUCCAUUGUGUACGAGAGAUAGUAAAUAUCUGCCGCUGCCACAACACUCCGACAAAGUCUUGUUUUCAUCCGCAGUCUACAGGUAACUUGUCGUCGUAAUGGCUCGUACCAAGCAGACCGCCCGUAAGUCCACCGGAGGUAAAGCUCCUCGUAAGCAGCUGGCCACCAAGGCAGCACGUAAGAGCGCCCCUUCCACUGGGGGUGUGAAGAAGCCUCAUCGUUACAGGCCCGGCACCGUGGCUCUGAGAGAGAUCCGUCGGUACCAGAAGUCGACCGAGCUGCUGAUCCGGAAGCUCCCCUUCCAGCGUCUGGUCAGAGAAAUCGCUCAGGACUUCAAGACAGACCUGCGCUUCCAGAGUGCCGCCAUUGGUGCCCUGCAGGAGGCCAGCGAGGCGUAUCUGGUGGGGCUGUUUGAGGACACCAACCUGUGCGCCAUCCACGCCAAGCGCGUCACCAUCAUGCCCAAAGACAUCCAGCUGGCCCGUCGCAUCCGCGGCGAGCGCGCUUAGACACGCGGGUCCCGUUUUCCUCCCCUCCCCCUCCUCCACCCCCCCUCCGCUUCUCACCUUAGAGGAAACCUCGGUCCCGAAAAGAUAGAAGUAUGUUGCAGUUGUGUCUUUAGCUUAUUUUGUCUCGACACAUGUUUUAGGGUACUUUUCUGUGCAUGGUAACGUCUCCAGGAUCCGACCCACCGGAGUUUACGUUCAGAACUGAGCAGAACUGGUGUCUCUCACAUGCUCACCUGUGGAGCUGUAGAUCAGGGACUAGUCUGCUUAAGCGGAGCUGCAACUUCCACAGCAGGGUGCUAUUGAAACUAGUCCCGAGGCUCCUGUCUCCUCUCUGUCCUCCUCUCUGCCAGGUCUGGUCGUCUCCUGCCUCCUGGUGGUUGUGUGGGUUCGGAUCUCCAGCCCGAUGCUGGAGUCAACUCUCAACAAUACAAAACAUGGUCGUCACGGUGUUUCACCUUCACAGACGGUUCACCGACCGUCUCUUUGUACAUGCACUGAUGUAAGAGACCCUGUUAGAGUCCCACGGUCCUCCGCCUCCUCGUGCUCCACGAGACCUCCUGUCGGCGAGAUCACGCCAGCGACCCUCCACUUCAUUGUGAACCCCUCUUGUUUCCUUUCCUCUGCAUGUCCUCACUCUCAAAGUUUGUGAUACACUCUAUAACCUCAUUUUGUUUUUAUAUUUUCGUAUUCCUGGAGAUUUUCAGACUUAAAUGAAUGAACUGAUCUUUGUAUUUUUCAAAUUUCUCAUACUACAGUGGUAAUAAAUAGUUGAGUCAAACAA